CUAGAACCCCGCCCCCCAACUCCACUCUUACUUCCUUUUGACCGCGGGCGAUCAAAAAAUGGCAGACGAGGCGACUCCCGCUGGUGGCCACCCACCGAACUUUGUCUCGAUCAAAGCACAAUACAACGGGGAUGUGCGUCGAUUUGCCGUUGACUCGGACACGUCCAGUUUCCAGCAGUUGUGCUCCAAGCUCCGCAGCGUCUACAACAUGACCAACGAAGAGCUCGUUGUCAAGUGGAUUGAUGAAGAAGGCGACCCUUGCACCAUGUCCACCGAUCUUGAACUUUGGGAAGCCCUGCGCCUGUUCAAGACCAACAAGGACCAAGUUUUCCGUAUCAUUGUCACUGCAACAAUGUCAAGAACACUAUCCAUCAAAAACUCGUUCAAGCGCAAGCCAGCAGAGGCAGCAAAGCCAUCGGUGCAAAUCCUCGAACCCAACAACCUGCACAAUCCGGCGGCCAGUCCCAUGAAGCGGACGGAUACCAUCAACCGCGUGGGCGGCAUUCGACGCGUCAAGGUGCAUAAGGUGAAUGGACACAGCUUCCGUGCGACCCACUUCCACCAGCCCACCAUUUGCACCCACUGCCGAGGCGUCAUUUGGGGCUUGCUGAAGCAGGGCUAUCAGUGCUCGACUUGCCGCGUUGUCAUCCACAAGCGCUGCCACAAAUUCAUUGUCACCAAGUGUCUCGCCAUCGACAAGAGCGGCGGCGACAACGACAGCGUGGCUCUGGCGCCCAGCGCCCCGCUCUCGCACACGUUCAAGGACCACAAUUACAUGUCCCCGACGUUCUGCGCGCACUGCGGCUCCCUGUUGGUGGGGCUGUUCCGCCAGGGCAAGAAAUGCGGCGGCUGCGGCAUCAACAUUCACCGGCGAUGCGAAAAGCGGGUGCACGCAGAGUGCAACCCCAACCGAAAGAUUGCCAAGAAGGGCGCGCCGAUGCCCAUUGGUGGCGCUUCUCAAGUGCCGGCCCUGCAAUCGGGCUCGCACUCGUCAUCGCCGGCAUCGCCUGCAGGCCACAGUCGUCCGGGCAGCGCACACAGCGACGGCUCCGACCCUUCCAACCGACUGAGCACGAUUAGCACUGGCACGUUCGUCUACAAUGGCAUCAUGAAGAAUGCAACCACGAUUGACCGCGAUCCAUCGCGUCACCACUCGAGCAUUGACGAGUACAACCUCAUCAAGGUGCUUGGUCGUGGCAGCUACGCCAAGGUCAUGCUCGCGGAGCGCAAGAACAACCACGACGGCACCCUCUAUGCGAUCAAGAUUAUCAAAAAGGAGCGCAUCAUGCAGGACGAAGACAUUGACUGGGUGCGGACGGAGAAGCACGUCUUCCAGAAUGCUGAUCACCCCUUCCUCGUUCGGAUGUACGAAUGCUUCCAGACCGAGGCCCGCCUGUUCUUUGUCAUGGAGUAUGUAAAUGGCGGUGAUCUCAUGUUCCACAUGCAACGCGAGCGACGGCUGCCAGAGGCGUCUGCUCGGUUUUACGCUGCUGAAAUUGCGCUCGCGCUCCACUUUUUGCACGGACGAGGGAUUAUCUACCGCGAUCUCAAGCUUGAUAACGUUUUGCUCUUGGCGGACGGACACAUUAAACUUGCCGACUACGGCAUGUGCAAGGAGGGUGUCCACUACGGCCAGUCGACCAACACGUUCUGCGGCACGCCAAACUACAUUGCGCCAGAGGUCCUCAAGGAGAUGGACUAUGGCCACUCGGUCGACUGGUGGGCGCUUGGCAUUCUGCUGUUUGAAAUGAUGGUGGGCCGAUCCCCCUUCGAGGCCAAGUCUGAGGACGAGCUCUUCGAGGCCAUCCUCGAGGACGAGGUUUUCAUUCCGACGACACUGUCGCGCGACGCCAGCGCUGUCAUCAAGGCCUUCCUUGUCAAGGACCCGGCCAACCGUCUCGGGUGCAAGGCAGAAAACAGCAUUGCCGACAUUCAAAAGCACGUCUUCUUCUCCCCGCUCGACUGGACGCGCUUGACAGACCGCACCCUGCCCCCUCCUUUCAAGCCAGAGGUUGGCACGGCCAUGGAUACGAGUAACUUUGAUGCCGAAUUCACUGCCGAGAAGGUGGCCCUCACGCCCGACGACCCAUCCUCCCUCGACAAUGUCGACCAAGGAGAGUUUGAAGGUUUCUCGUACAUUAACAUGUCUCUCAUGGGCGACGAAGAGCGGGAGGCAUGAUGCAGCCACGACAACUAAGCCUUACUAUGCUUGUUAUGUGAGCUUUAUUGUCUGGUUGCUUUCGUUUGAUUUUUCCAUUCCCGUGUCCGAUCUCUUCGGUUGGCUCUCUUCUCCUGUCCCCUCUUCCAAGUAUUUUUGACUCAACAUUUGCUUGUGUUGUACUUGAUUCAGUGCCUUUUGGAUUUCUCUUGCACGAUCCACUUGCGUAUUUUAUUUUGUUUUGUUUUUUUUGGUUGUUUUUUCGCGUUUUUUUCUUCUUUUCCCUUCGGUGUUUCCCUUCCCCCUCCUCCCCCCCCAAAUUGUUUGUUACCACCCUUAUAUCUUCCAUUGUACUACUGUUGUGCUUUGAUGGGUUGUCCUGGCAUCGCCCCACGCAAUACACUGAGCGAAUACUUUUAACGCUUUUGGCUGCUAAAACUCUAA